GCUUUGUUCACUCGUGGUAGUGCCAGAAUUGGGAUGUUGCCCUCAGCCUCGUGGCUCCCUUGUGCCAUAUGUCCCCAGAGCUGAAUGGGAUCAGCACAUGGGUACCCUCAGCACACAGCAGCCGGAGUGUGGGGUGCUGCACCCUCAGCACUGCAGGCCAUAAUGUCCUUAGUGCACUCUUCCCAUUGCUGCCCUCCCUGCUAUAUACUGAGCACCAUCACACAGCAGAUCUGCUGGGAUCAGCGAGGGCAACAUCAAAGGUUUCAGACUUAAAUUAUUAUUAUCUGAGGAUAAAAGUAAAUCUAAGUCAUAGCGCAGCCUAUUUUAUAGGAAGGAUUACGUGAGGUGGUGGCUGCAAUGGUGGAAAAUGACUUUGUUCAGCAGUUGUUUCUCAUCUCGUGUUUUAUAUGCCUUAGCUCACAUGCUUUGCUUAAGCCUCACUGUAUUAAUUGGGAGUGAGAGUUCCUGCCUUUUCCCUUUCAAAUGCAGAAGGAAGGUGCUUAAUUAAAGGGAAAGGUGAUAUUUGCGUAGCUACGGAGGGGAUUUCCUUCCAGGCAGAAAGAUAGAAUGAGGCAGAGAAGAUUUGUUUGGAAAGUCACUGAGAGUGGGAAGGAGUCCCAGACAGUCUUGUCUGUCCUCUGCUAAAUGUGUGUUGAAUGUAAACAGUCUUCCAGAGAGACAUCAGCACAGAGUGAGGUGAUCUCAGCUGCGGAAUGUAAUUGGGACACAGUGUUGAUUCACUUUGAUCAAAGCCAGCCUGUAAAUGCUAGUCCAUUCCGUCAUGCAGUGCGAGUCAAACCUGCAAUCCUGACUCAGAGCUUCAGAAGUCAGAAGCCAAGGGGUGCUUGAGGUUGGAGGAGGGUGGGGAGGAAGGAUUAUCACAAACCUGCAUCCUGCAGUGCUUGUCCCUCGCUGUGCUCCAUGUGGCAGGAGGAAUGUGCUGCUGCUGUCCAAGCAGCAUUAUGUGGGCAGUGCAGGCUGGGUGGAGCCAUCACUUUGUGCUCUGGCACUUGAAUCAAAGGUUCAACAUGACUGCCUCUGUAGUGGCACUGACUUCUGUUAUCCUUGUGCUUGUAGGUCUGUAUGGUAUGGAUCAUAUGUCACAGGAUUUCAGUUCUGUUACUCUUUGGUUCUAAGUGCCAUUUAGAUUCACAGGGUGAAUAUUUCUAAUCAUUUUUGUUCAUAUCUUUCCAAAAACGGUUCUUAAGAUGUAUUUUAUGUUGUAGAGCAGUUUUCAUUAGUAUCACCUGCAGCCACUCCAGAGUAGGAGGCUCUUGGAAACAGCUCAGUGGGAGGGGGAUCCACGAGGAGCUUUGGAGCCAGAAGCCUUGAGGCACACCUGGCUGUGAGGCCAGCUGCAAAACGCUGCAGGUGCCGAGCUGCUCAGCUGAUGCGUGAGGCAUUACUGUGGCUGUGAGCUGCUGAGGGCACUUAGUCAGAGAAAGUCCUGCUAUCCUUAGCUGCUCUCAGUGGAAGUGCUGCCUUUCUAACCUGGAGAUGUGAUGGUCCAAGAGCUGCAGUUGCCCGUUGCAGGAGGCCGUGAUCACCGUGCUGUGGUAUAUGUCACAAGGAAAAUAUGCGGAAGCGAGAGAGUUAAUGUACUCAGGGGCUCUGCUGUUCUUCAGUCACAACCAGCAAAACAGUGCUGCUGAUCUGUCCAUGUUGGUUUUGGAGUCUUUGGAGAAGUCAGAUGCAAAAGUAUCAGAUGACCUCUUAGAAAACUUGGCAAAAUUGUUUAGUUUAAUGGAUCCAAAUUCUCCUGAAAGAGUGGCUUUUGUAUCCAGAGCACUGAAGUGGUCCAGCGGGGGAUCAGGAAAACUUGGCCAUCCAAAAUUACAUCAGUUACUAGCCAUUACCCUGUGGAAAGAGCAAAACUAUAGUGAAUCUCGGUAUCACUUCUUGCACUCCACAGAUGGUGAAGGCUGUGCAAACAUGCUCGUGGAAUACUCCUCAUCCAGAGGCUAUCGCAGUGAGGUGGACAUGUUUGUAGCACAGGCAGUCCUACAAUUUCUCUGCUUAAAAAAUAAGACCAGCGCCUCAGUUGUUUUUACAACGUAUACACAGAAACAUCCUUCAAUAGAAAAGGGUCCACCCUUUGUGCAGCCACUGCUGAACUUCAUCUGGUUUCUGUUAUUGGCUGUUGAUGGGGGAAAACUAACAGUAUUUACAGUAUUGUGUGAACAGUACCAGCCGUCCCUGAAAAGAGAUCCCAUGUAUAAUGAGUACCUAGAUAGAAUAGGACAGCUUUUCUUUGGUGUUCCGCCCAAGCAGACAUCGUCCUAUGGAGGAUUACUAGGAAAUCUUUUAAACAGCCUGAUGGGAACUGGAGAAGAUGAUGACACAGAAGAUGGUCAGGAAGACAGCAGUCCUAUUGAGCUGGACUGAGUAUUUUUGCCACAGGCUGCCGUGCACACUGAUGAUUCGAUGACUCCAAAGACAGUUUUGGAAUUUGAAUCCUGCAGUUGUUUCUUGGCGCCUAAAAGGGCUCCUCCAGUCUUUUAGAAAUGGUUGCUGAAAUGUUUAUAAUGUUUGGUCUAUAUUAUUUAUGUAAACAAAAGAAAGAAACCAACAAAAAGUAGCCAAAAGAACCAAUGGCAGAGAUUGUUAGCAGGUUUCCGAUGCAGCGGCUGGUGACUUUGAUUAAAAUAUAGUUGUCUACGGUUUCUGAUGCAGUAUUCCUUUUGCACAAUAACUCAGUACAUAGGGGUCUGCUCCACGACCUACCCACUACCACGUUUGGUACAAGAAGGCCUCCCUGACCUCUGCCAUCUGCGAGGAACAUCCUGAAAGCAGGGUGAGUCACUGUGUAACUGAGGGCUGAGGCUGGUGCCAAAAGCCCUGCGAUGCAUGCGAGGAGCCCGGAGCACAGGGAGCUGCACAGCCAGGAUGCACUGACAGCAGGAGCUCCCUCUGCUGCAGUGAGAACAGCACUGCCUGUGUCUGUGGUGAGCUGGCUCUGCCUGAGCCCGUGUGUGUGUUUAGCUGAUACUUCUGAAAAGCACAAGAUUGAAUUGCUCUCGAGUGAAAGCUGAGCAGUGGAACGGAGGUAAUUGGCUCCACACGGAUCUCUCUUGCCUAGGCUUAAAAAUUGGGCAUCUAAAAUACCUCCUCUGGCUGGAGGCUCUGCUCCUUUGGAACAUUCUUUCUCAUUCUGAGUUCACACCCAUCUGUAACAGUGAACAGCCACGAGCAACGUCUGCAUUUGAAAUGCAGCUAUAUGUAAAGAAAAGGGAUACUGCAGAACUUUUGGUUCUUUAUGAUAUAUUUAUUUUUCUCGGGUGAUUGAUUCAUUUAACACUUCGUGUAAAAAGGAUAAAUCAAUAAAUAAUGGAGUAAUUUCAACCCCAGUGGUAGGCACAGCAGUUCUACAUCUCCUCUUUAAUGCAGAGCGCUGCGUGGCGGUGGUGCAGCAAACAACUGGGAGGGGGAAACGCUUUAUUUUUUCACGAUGAAAAUACGAAGGCUUAGAUUAAUAAACAGCAAUCAUGCAUGGGGGAGGGAGGGGUUCAUCAGACUUUACUGACUGUAUGAGAAAGAAAAGAAGGCAAUGAAAGGCAGAUUUUGUGUUAAUUGUGAUGUCUCAAAUAAACACUUUAUACCAGGAUCUA